UCGCCGUGUGCGUGGAGGUGCCCUCCGAGACCAAGGCCGUGCAGGGCGAGCCCAUGAAGCUGCGCUGCAUCUCCUGCAUGAAGCGGGAGGAGGUGGAGGCCUCCACGGUGGUGGAGUGGUUCUACAGGCCCGAGGGCGGUAAAGACUUCCUCAUCUUCGAGUACCGCAAUGGCCGCCAGGAGGUGGAGAGCCCGUUCCAGGGGCGGCUGCAGUGGGAGGGCAGCAAGGACCUGCAGGACGUCUCCAUCACGGUGCUCAACGUCUCCCUCGACGACGCGGGGCUCUACACCUGCAACGUCUCCCGCGAGUUCGAGUUCGAGGCGCACCGGCCCUUGGUGAAGACCACGCGGCUGAUCCCCCUGCAGGUCACCGAGGAAGCCGGAGAGGACUUCACCUCCGUGGUCUCGGAAAUCAUGAUGUACAUCCUGCUGGUCUUCCUCACCCUGUGGCUGCUCAUCGAGAUGAUCUACUGCUACAGAAAGGUCUCGAAGGCCGAGGAGGCAGCCCAGGAGAACGCGUCUGACUACCUGGCCAUCCCGUCGGAGAACAAGGAGAAUGCCGCAGUCCCCGUGGAGGAAUAGGGCCGCGGUGGCUCAGGUGGCCUCCACAGCCAAGGACUAGACGCCCCAGGUUGGUGACGUGC